UAUUUUUAUGUAUUUUUAUUGUUUUAUUUUAAAAAGAUAAUCUUAUUUGAAAAUUCAAUGUUGUUUCAUUUUUUAAAAGAUAUCAAAUAUCAAAUAAUUAAACACUAUUGGUUGGUGAAUCUAGAGGUUCACCCUAGGGGGUGAACCCAAGAAUUACUCAAAAAAAAAAUCAGUCUUCCAAGAAAUACUCGAUUUUGACCGGGAGAUGUCGACGUAGUUAUAAGACCCAUUCAAAUUCCUAAAACAAGUUGUUAAUCUUUUUUUUUUUAGUUACAUGUUGACAACUUAAAUAUUAACAUUACAUCGAGAUUUCAAUUAUAUUAGGACGUUGGGUUAGCCUUUUACGUUUACAGCAAGUUGACAAAACACAAAAGGUCAAACAACAAUCAACAAAAACUCUCCCUUUCCCUCAAAAAGAAAAAGCUCUCACAUGGCUCCUUCUUCAUCGGCGAAACCCCUAAAGGGGCCGCAAGUGUUCAUCAGUUUCCGGGGCGAAGAUGUGCGCAAACACUUCAUAAGCUUUCUGGACCCUGCUUUGAGAAGAGCGAAUAUAAAUGUCUUCAUAGACGAGAAUGAGUUAUUGGGUGCAGACCUAGCGAACCUGUUUACAAGGAUAGAAGAGUCCGAGAUCGCACUGGUAAUCUUCUCAAAGAACUACGCCGAUUCAGAUUGGUGUUUGGAUGAGCUGGCCAAGAUGAAGGAACGUAAGGACCAAGGUCGUCUCAGAGUGAUUCCCAUCUUCUAUAAUCUAUCUCCUUCCGUCGUGAAAGAACUUCGACAAGAUUUUGGCGAUAAGUUCAGGGAUAUGCAGCGCAGACAUAAACACCAGCCAGAAAGAACUAAGAAAUGGGAGGAAGCUUUAGUGUCUGUUCCUGACAUAAAAGGCAUGCCCCUGUCAGAACAAAGUGACAGAACUGAUAACGAAUUCAUAAACUCAUUAGUCGUUGAGAUUCAGAGGUUGCUGGAUUAUAUGGCUAAACGAAAAACCAAGGAGUUUCAAAAAAAAAAAAAAAAAAAAAAAAAAAAAAAAAAAAAAAACCAAGGAGUUUCUCUGGUUCCUGCAAAAAACUUAGAUAGAGAAGUAACUCUUCAAGGAGGUUAUAUGGUCCCUUCCAUAAUUCCUGCAAGACAGCUACAGAUCACUCAUUAUGACAAUAGUCAAAAAUGGGCUUGGAUUUUUAUCAACGAAGCGCCAAACUAUGAGGAACUUGAAGUUGCCAAGAUGAUUAAAAUUCAUUGGCUAAAAAUAGUAGGAACGUAUGACGACACCAGCGAUCUAACACCAGGAGCAAAGUAUGAGGCAGUUUUUCUAGUGAAAUUAGAAGAUAACGCAAUUGGAUGGGAGCAACCAGUGACCUUGAAGCUAAAGGUGGAACAACACGAUGGGAGCGACGACAAUCGGGUGGAUCGUAAUGAGAGCCUCAAGGACUACAUAGGCCACAACUGGGUGGAUAUUCUAGCCGGAGUUUUUGUGGCGCCGCCGAGAAACAAGCCGGCAAAGAUCACUUUCACCAUGUUUCAGCACGUGACUGAUGAUAAGAAAAAGGGUCUCGUCGUCAAAGGCGUUGCAAUUCGUCCCACGAACUAAUUAAUGCGCACAAACUACAAAGCGAAGAAGAUGGGAUAUCUUUCUACUUGUCUAUUUUUUUAAUAUUAUUCCAGUAAAAUAAAACAGCAUUUUUUUCAAGAUAUUCUUUCAAAUAAUAUAACAAAAUUAAAAACCA